AUGCGAAAGUUGGAAUGGAACGACAUGGGAGUGAAGGUUGAUGGUCGGCAGCUGCACCAUUUGCGCUUUGCUGAUGACAUCGUACUGAUACCGCCUAGCAUCAGCCAAGCGGAACGAAUGCUGACCGAAUUCGACGAAACAUGUGGAUGCAUCGGUCUUCAGCUGAAUCUACAAAAGACGAUGUUCGAGCGGAACGGAUGA